AUGGCACUGGGCUGGGUUUUUCUGCUGCAUGCAUGGACCACCAUCGCUGGGGCGUCACAAACUAUCUUUCGAGCUCCUUCUUCAUAUGAUGACGGUCUUUUCACGCCCUUGGAGGACAUGAACGUUCUAUCCACCUCCGAGUUCACUGUCCUGAGCCAUCCUGUGUUCCCCCAGUACAACGUUCGAAUCAAGAAAAGUCCGUUCUGCGACUCAACCGUCAAAUCCUACACAGGCUACAUCGACAUCGAGGCCCGCCACAUCUUCUUCUACUUUUUCGAAAGUCGGAGCAACCCCGACGAGGACGACAUGAUCUUCUGGACCAACGGCGGGCCGGGCUGCAGCUCAAGUCUAGGUCUGUUCAUGGAACUGGGACCGUGUCGCGUUCUCGACGCUAACGGGACAAAAUUCCACCCCGAAAGCUGGAACAACAACGCCAACAUCUUCUUCGUCGACCAGCCGAUCGGUGUUGGAUUUUCGUACGCUGACCAUGGAGAGACAGUGUCAACAACGGAAGAAGGCGCUAAGGAUAUCGCUGCAUUCAUGUUCGUGUUCUUCCAACACUUUUCCAAGUUCAAGGGCCGCCCUCUCCACAUGACUGGGGAAUCCUACGGCGGCCGCUACGUUCCUGUUUACGCCGCCGAGGUUUAUGACCAGAAUGCCAAACUCGCAGCGGCCGGGUAUGCUCCCAUAAACCUCAAAUCAGUCAUGAUUGGGAACGGGAUUACUGAUUUUUUCAAUCAAAUGUCCUCUGUGUUUGACAUGCAAUGCACAUCAGCAUCCAUCGAGCCUACGUCCUCUAUCGGAGACUGUGUUAUGAUGAAGCGCAUGAUUCCUCGGUGCCAGAAGCGUCUCAAAGAGUCGUGUGUCGAUAUGUUCGAUGCGGUGGACUGUGCCGCUGCCGCCAGCUUCUGCUCGACUUACCUGCGAGAGCCGUAUCGCAAGUCUCAACUUAAUCCAUAUGAUAUAUCCAAACCCUGCGACGACGAUCUACUCAAAGAAAGCCUUUGCUAUCCCGUCACCGCCCACAUCCGAGAAUACCUAUCUCGUCCCACUGUCCGGGACACUCUCGGUGUCGACCCAUCGGUCCCCGCAAACUUUACCUCAUGUGCAAACGACGUUGGUAGUGCCUUCCGCACGCAUCUCGACGGCUAUAUCGCUCCUACUCAAGAAUACGUCGCCGGGCUGCUUGAACGUGGUAUUCAAGUCCUGAUAUAUGUGGGAACAUACGACUGGACAUGCAACUGGGUCGGCAAUUCCCGAUGGACUCUUGCACUGGAGUGGAGCGGAGCAGAAGCAUUCCGCGCCGCAGAGCUCCGUCCUUGGGCAAUCGCCAAUGACCUUGAAAACAAUGGGCAGGCAGGACUAGUCAGAAGUGCGAAAGGAUUAACGUUCUUGACCAUCGACAAAGCAGGACAUAUGGUUCCAUACGACAAGCCCAAAGAAUCUCUAGAGCUCGUCCAGCGUUGGCUAUCCGGCCAAGAGUUCUGA